GUCCGGUCCUGGCAUACUAGAGUGGAGGUCCAUCUGCCUUCGCUAUUCGUCUUCGUCGGGAAGCACAUCUCACCCUAGUCAGUGAACCUGACGGAGAUGGUACGAAGCGCUCGUGGAGUGCCUCACCGCCAUUUUCGCCACACAUCCUCCCCCGACCCAUGCGCGACCGCCGUCUCACCAGCCUAUGCCGGCCGACUACAAGACCUCCGUGAUCCCUUGCACCCGCACAGUAGGUUUCCCACAACUCACUACCAAAGUUGUCAUUCUCGUCUGCACAUUUUUUGCGCUUCUCAAGACGUGUUAGUGUUUCGCAAUGGCCGCUCCGGCUUCUCUUCAUCUCUUUCCGCAGCCAGAAAAGCCACCCACUCGCAAAAGCAGUCUUAGAUGUCCGCGACAGCCUUCUGCAGUCGACUCGCCCAACUGUCUUAUAGGUGUGGCUAUGGAGGUCAUGACCGGUUCGACUCCCCAGGUCCGACCAGUGCCAGACCACUUCAAGCACUCAAUGCUGUGUGAACCACCGACCUCGCCAGGCUUCGAGCAAUGGAAUGCAGCUGUCCCACGCCGUCAGCAUGCCAGAAGGCGUCUCAGCAGGCCGGAGUCCUUGGUUCUGCGCAGCUCAGCAUUGUAUGGCGAGCAUACUGCCGGCCACGAAGACGACAAGCUCUCGCCACUCCCGACGAACACGCACUUUGGCGCUACAUCUCCACGUCGAACUCAGUCAGCAAGGCGUCUGCAAAGAGACGCGCCUGCUGCUAUCAAACUUCCUCCAACGCCAGCCACUCCCGACUCACAGUUCGCAUCAGAUGAUGAUCGGUUGUCGCCACUGCCUGACAUGACCACAUUCAUCAGCUCACCUAGAGCGCCACUACCGUAUCCGCCCUCGCUUUCACCGCGGCCGCCCACUCCGCCAUUGACCCGCAGUAAGAGCUCUGCCAUCAGCACGAAGAGUUCCGCCCCGGCCAGCUCCAAGAGCUGCGUCACCCGCGUUGUUUCUCCCGGUACAGCUUCGCCGGCCGCCAUGCACUCAAUGUUCCCUCAAUACGACCAUGCGAAGUCACUGGAGCAACAGAACUACUUCCCAACGCCGCAAGCAUACGCGCAGGCACUGUCGAGCAUGAAGGUCAGCAAGCAAAGCAGUCCUGUCGAGACGCCUGUGCUUAAACGCUAUGACUCUGGCCUUGCCCUGGUUGAUGGCUAUGAGCACAUACCGACUGCUGACUCUGGCGACAUUCGAGCCAUCUGGCUUGCGUCAACGGGCCAGCUUCCCGCGGCCAGUAGGAAGGUUCGACUUGUACUACAUCAGCCUAACGAACAAGGCGUCUCGCUCAGCAUCGGUUUGUCGGAAGAACUGCCGUUGUUUACGAUGGAGAAGACGAUCCCUCAGUCGCCGUCACAAAUGGUAGACAGAGCAACGUACCUGACAGUCAACAAACAUAAACAUGGUCAGCUCGGCGCGCCCACUCUGGCGGCUCACUUCGGCCUAGCAGAGCAGCCCAGAUUUGCUGCGGGCAUGAUUCAAGGGUGCGAAAUUACUACCAUCUUCCCGCAAGCCGCAGCGGUCAAUGCACUCGAAGCAGCGGGUAACUCACCUAUCGCUCGUGAAAUAGCGACCUUCGAUCCUACUGCCGCAUCACCUGAGGCUGUUCGGCUUGCGCAGGAUGCUGUCUCUCAUGCUCACAGAUGGCAUUCUUGCGAGCUGAGGCGGACAAGUGGUGAGCAAGAUGGGAGGUAUAAGCUAGUUCAUCCUACCUUGGGCGCUUUCGCGAUCACCGUCAUGAAGUCGUUGAGGUCGCAAUCCAGCCGCGACGUGCGUGCGAAAAUCAGUAUACACCAUCCCACCGCAACUUCAGCAGCCGUCGUUGCAGAGACGCUGGUACUCGCCUCCUUAAAUUUCGCACGGGAUGCUGCCGUCAUCGACUUGCCCAGCAUUCUUGCCCUCGACGGCUCAUUCAUCAUCGAUACAGUCAUCAGCGCCUUGUUCGCCGCCGCUGCAAUCGAAAACGGUUUGCUGAAGAAGGAAGUCAUAACUUUCGAGCCUCCGCCGAAGUCACCGUUUGUCACGGACAAGCCGGGCAGGAGAUUGUCGCGGAAGAGGUCGCAGAAAUGGUCAAGAAGGUCUUCCAGGGUUAUCAGCAAAGCACAGAAGGAGCUUGUGGGUCUGCCGGCCGAUGUUUCGGUCCCCGUACAAGGUGCCGUGGCGGUUAUCGGUCUCUCGUUGAAGACCGCAAUAUUCUUGCUCGAGGCAGGCGUGGGUCUUGCCGCAAAGGUUGCGAAAGGAGCAGCGCGGUAUGCUACUCAUACGUAACGGCCAUAUCGUGACAUUCAGCUUGCUUUCCAUGAGUGCAUAUGAGGAAACCGACCAAUACUACAGCUCGUCGCGAGAGCUCUCUGUAGCUCUAUGCGCGCUUUGUGCCCGAUGCGCGGUUUUUGCGGGUUCCGUUGGCAGCGACACUUGACCAGACCCACUUGCCAC